GCGCACCGGGCGGGGAGCGCCGCAUCAUGCUCGGCGGGGGCUGGCGGGGCCUCGGCACCGCCCUGGCCGCCCUGGGAGCCGGGGCCCUGCUCCGAGCCGGGGUGCGUGGAGGUUUUUAAGCUGACUCACGGCCCCAAGUAGGACUAUUCUGCUCCAGAGGAACACUUGGCAGGUCCAGCACAGCUGAGAUCCAUCUUCCUGCACACGGAGCACGAGCAGAGGCAGCCCCAGAUGGUCACACAAGCCGACAUGAAGGUGGAGUUGCUGCCAGCCCUCACAGACAACUACAUGUACCUCCUCAUCGAUGAGGAAACCAAGGAGGCUGCAAUAGUUGAUCCUGUGCAGCCCCAGAAGGUUUUGGAUGCAGUCAAAAAGCACGGUGUGAAGCUGACCACUGUCCUGACCACACAUCAUCACUGGGACCACGCUGGAGGGAAUGAGAAGCUGGUGAAGAUGGAGCCAGGGCUGCGUGUGUAUGGGGGAGACAGCAGGAUCGGGGCACUGACAGACAAAGUGACUCACCUCAGGUUGCUCCAGGUGGGAUCUCUUAAUGUGAAAUGCCUCAGUACGCCGUGUCACACUUCUGGACACAUCUGUUAUUAUGUGACUAAGCCAAAUAGCUCCGAGCCACCUGCUGUUUUUACAGGUGACACAAUGUUCGUGGCUGGUUGUGGGAAGUUCUUCGAGGGAACCCCAGAGGAAAUGUACAGAUCACUGAUUGAGAUUCUGGGCUGCUUGGACCCCAAAACGAGAGUUUACUGUGGACAUGAAUACACCAUCAACAAUCUCAAGUUUGCUCGACAUGUCGAACCCGAUAAUUCUGCUGUCCAGGAAAAGUUGGCUUGGGCCAAGGCAAAGUAUGACAGUGGUGAGCCAACCAUACCCUCCACCAUUGCAGAAGAGUUUACGUACAACCCCUUCAUGCGAGUGAGGGAGAAGACAGUUCAGCAGCACGCGGGGGAGACCGACCCCAUCCGAACAAUGGGGGCCCUCAGGAAAGAGAAGGAUAACUUCCGAGUCCCCAAGGACUGAGCACUCUGCCUGGAUCACUUUACUGUCAUUUUAAGUGUAAUUUAGACUCUGCAGAUGUUUUAGGAGCUGAACCUUCUGUUGUGGUUGAGACAGUCGUCUUUAGGUUUUUAUUUCGUUUUAAUUAAGGAAAAAAAAGAAAAGCACUUUGCCUUUGUUGAGAUGUUCUACAGCUAUUUAUGAUGAAGAGUAUUUAUCCUUCUAUUGCUGGCUCUCAGACUGUCACGUGUGUCAUAUGCAGAUCAUUUUACAAGCAUUGGUACGUGGCUCAGAGUCCAGGGUGGGGAAGGGUCAAGCCUUGAGGACUAGGAAAAACCUCCUGUUAUUUUUGUAGGAGCCUGAUGUGAAUGUAGAUGGUGGGACUGGGGCCCGAGGUGUCUUAAAUUAAAGUAAGAGACAAAAUGCUGUAGCUACGUUGCUAAUGAAGAUUUAAACUUUCCUUCCAUGCUGCUACUUAAACUCUUCUGAGUCUGUGGCUUCUGGCUCCACUAACACCAGUUCUCAGGGACAGACCUGCUCUGCCAUCCCCAGUUCAGGGCUCUGUUUGUGGAACACACAGGGUGGCCAGGCUCUGGGAGUGGCACACGAGGACUGUCCAGCUUUUCUCUCCUCUCUGACAUUCCUUGUUGUGGACUGCAGGAACUUCUCCAGGCAGCAUGCCAGCUUAGAGAUUGCUGUGUUGCUUAUACCCUUUAACUCUUAACUUAGGCCUGUUUGCAUGCACCUGCUUACUGCUCUGAAGUGUGAGCUGUAUGUUACCUGUGUUUGUACCACACAAAUGAAGAAGGGAUUUGUCUGCUGGUUCCAAAUCCUGAGAAGAACUUGCCCAGUGAGUAACUGUGUGUCUAAGAGCUGAGCAGCAAAGAGAGUCCAGCAGAAGCUGCCCUGCUGCCACAGGCAGAGCAGCUGCCUUGUACCUUACUGUGAGUAAGGUGGCAAAUGAGCAUUUAUGAGCUGGGAGCUGUUCUGGUGGGCACUGGCAGGUGCUGUGCUGGGCCUGGGGGGCUCCAGCUCCCAGGCUGGCUUAGGCCUGAUGCCAUGUGCUGCUGAGAUCCAUCACCCACCCAGCAGCCUCCAGCCUCUCUGCCGGAAAGGCCGCAGAGGGGAUGCUGUACAUGUGGUUACUGUCCACAUACUGCCAGAGGAAACAAGGCUCAGAUCUCAAACCUUCUGAGAUGCCACCUAAAUGUGGCACCUUUCUUUUUCUUAGUUGGUCCAUGGGCCUUAAAAGCUGUCUCUGUUCUUGGACCAGUGCUGUAUGACCCCAGUCUGCAGCCAGUGUGGAAACUGCAGGGAGGGAACUUCCCCUCGGGCUGUUUGUCUGACAGGGAAUAAUGGGUGAAUGGGAUAAACUUUGGGGGAAAAUAAAUCCCAAUUUUCAGUGAGUGGAUCACACCCCCCUGCACUUCCCAUCCUCCAGCUUGGUGUCUUUAAGCAAGAAACAUGAGUGAAGGGUGUUAGGGCCCAGCCUUGGGGCUUGGCAUCUUUGUCUUCAGUGCAUCUUCCUCCUAACUGUAUUUCCUUCCCUGUUUUUGGUCUCAGCUGAAUACUGCAGAUCUGCUUCCAGCUGCUUUGGUUCCAGGUUCUCCCCCUCUGCUGGGAGUCACUGCUGUAAUGCUGCUCUGCUCUUCCACCCCACCCAGUGUUCCAGGGGAAUUUGGGGGAGCACCUUUUCUGUAUUUGCUUUUCAAAGGUUAAUUUUAUGGAGUUCAGGAAGAAAAGUGGUACCUAGAGCUUUGCUGCCUCCCUAAGGUGGGCGCUGGGGCGCCAGGGCCUGCCUGUGCUGAGGGUGUCUGACAAACCAGAGAAUAAACUGCAGCUUGCAAACCCAGCCUUGGUGGGGCUGUCUGGAAAAA